GGUGAUUUAACGACCGCUCAACAAGCAUUAGAGGGCGAGCAAAAAGCCCGCCAAAGUGCGGAAACCGAACGCAACGAUUACCGCAGGAAGCAUGAAGCCGAGCAAACACAGCACGGGGAAACUAAAAGACUAUUAACCACCGCCAGAGAAGCCCGCGACCAUUACCAAGCUGAGUAUCACAAAGAGAAAGAAAACCGCGAAAGUGCUCAAAAAGAAUUAUACGAAGUCAAAAAUGAACUGGGAACAGAAAAAGAGCAACAUGCUGAUACAGAAAGGCAACUGGAAAGUAAGACGACAGAAUUAGCGAGUGAAAAGAAGAAAAAUGAAAUAAUUUUGGCAAAGUCCGACGAAACGGGAGUCAAACUAACCACAGCAGAAACACAAAUAGCCGAUUUAGAAAAGAAAUUAGCAGAUAAAGAUAAGGAAUUAACUGAUAUUCAGAAGAAAUUGGAUGAAGAAAAAACGGCCAAAGAAAACGCUGAAACAGAACGAGAUGCGGCCAACACCGACAAACAAAACGCCCAGCAAGAAAGAGAAAACCGCCCAAAUAUAACGCUGGAUGAAUGA